AUGGUUUCUGUAAGGAAGAAAAAGAUGAAUCGUUCAUCUGUUGGUAAGGCCACUAGAAGAACUAAAGAUAGAAGAAGAAAAAUAAAUAUAAAGUCUAAUCCAAUUAUUGCAGCUAACUGGGAUUAUUCUUUAACACUAGCGCAAAACUAUAAAAAAUUGGGUUUAAGAGCGAAACUCCAGAAACCAGCUGGAGGUCAAGAAACAGAUUUAUCCAAAGUAAUGAAAAAGGAAUCUGCUACAGUAAAUAGUAAAUUUAAUGAUAAUAGUGAUAGCGAUAGCGAUUCUGAUGAGGACCAAUCUCAAAAAGGACAUGUUGAUACACAAGAAGAUGAAGAAUUUGAUGAGAAUAACAUUCCUGAAGGUGAAGCUAGACUACAACGUGAUGCUCAUGGGAAUAUCAUUAAAAUUGUCUAUGGAAAACAAAAGGCUUAUGAUAUUGAUGAAGAUAUUAAUGAGUUCAAAAAAAGAAUUCAAGAGACUGAAGAAAUGACAGAAGUAGUUAAGGAAUUGGAACGUUUUGCUAAUCGUCCAAUAAUUAAAAAAGAAAGACAUCAAAGUGAGAGAGAAGCUGAAUGGUUGGGAAGACUAUAUAAAAAAUAUGGAGAUAAUUAUAGGAAGAUGUUCUUUGAUAAACUCAAUAUCUAUCAACAAUCACCUGGUGACUUAAAGAAAAGAAUAGAAAAAUGGAAAAAAACACAUAAUAUUGAGUAA